CUGGCACAGAAAAAAAAAUUAGCCCACCCCAGCUCCAGUUGAACCCCCCUUCCUAUCUUUUUUUUCUCUCCUUUGAGAAACCAUAUUCACAAUGUAUUUGCCCCGAGUUCUCGCGGCUUCCCGCAACGCCGUCCGCGCCAACAAGGCCAACGCUCACUUCCUUGCCCGUGCUGCUACCAAGCCUGCCGCCGUCAAGGCUCGUUCCUAUGCCACUGAGGCCACCUCUGCUGGUCAGAUUCGUUCGGUCAUUGGUGCCGUCGUCGACGUCCAGUUCGAGCAGGAGAACCUCCCCGCCAUCUUGAACGCUUUGGAAGUCCAGGACCACUCUGGUGGCCGUCUUGUUCUCGAAGUUGCCCAGCACUUGGGUGAGAACACUGUCCGUACCAUUGCCAUGGACGGUACUGAAGGUACAGUAAUCGAUCGCAUAGGAGUAGGAUGA